UCCAUUUCGCGUUUCAUUCCAGGCACCAUACUGCUUUGGUUUAGCAAAUCGCAGUUCAUCAAUUGGGGGCUUCGCGUAAGAAUGCCACAAAAAAUAGCUUCAAGAUUAUAUGAAGAAUUGGAGAAUAUCUUAGAAAAGGAAUUACCUUUCUCCAUUCAAGCUUACUAUCCCUUGAAACUUUUACGGAAGAGGUUAUUAAAGAACAGAAUUGUUUGGGUGGACAAAUGGCCAGAUUUCAGAGUUGUGGUAGUUUCAGACGACCGGCACAAGGAUGCUUCACCACAGCGAGUUUAUUGUUUCUGCAGAGACGAGCGCUCAUCCUCUUUGCAUUCAGUACUAAGUCUUGUAUCGGAAGAUCUAUCAAAUUCUCUCCUCGUGUUUGGUUGCCGUCCGAGUGUGGCGGAUGAUUUAAUAAAAUGUCAUGAUUCUUCCGUCCGGCGUGUGAGUUCUGAUGCAUACAUGCUGACGCUUCCCAAGGAAAAUAUCAUUUCUUUACCAAUUCCAGAUCAUUUCAAAGUAACUUGUCUGAGUGAGCAUCAUUUGGAUACAGUAGUCAAAGAAUGGCCAUAUUCUGGAGUGUUUAGUGAUGCUAAGGAGUGGAUCAGAGAGAUGAUAGGGGUGUCACCUAGCGUCUGUGUAGAGAAUAAAGAGGGACAACCCAUAGCUUGGGUGUUACAACAAGACUAUGGCUGUAUUGGAAUGCUGCAAGUAAAAGCUGAAUAUAAAAGAGCAAAACUUGGAAGUGCCGUUACAAUGCUACUUGCACAAAAGUUGCGGGAAGAAGGAUUGUAUAUAUAUUCCGCCGUAAAUGUUGAGAAUAGCCUUUCAGUUGCCUUCCAUGAAAAGAAUGGGUUUCAGUUUCUGUCGGAUUUUCUUGUAGCCUUUGUAGAGUAUGGAUUUAACCAGACAUAACCGACAACAUAUCUGGAUUUACCUAGAUUUAAUGGAUAAUAAUUUAAUUUUAGUUGUAACAUGUCAUUUGAUUGGAUAAAAUAUUUCGUUUAUAUCGUAUAACAUAAGUUGCCUAUGUCACAAUGAGUUACUUCAAAAAUUGACGUUACUUUUAAAAGAUGCUCAAUUUGAAGCCAUUUUUGGAAGAAAAAUUGUCUUAUUGUCUACACUGAAAUAAAAUUUUUAUAAGGAAUGAAACUUAUUUUAACCUACAUGUAUGUUAUACGAUAUAACAUAACUUGGGGCAGUUUACGCGUUUUUAUAAAUCGCUUCGCGUAUUUUACCAGUUUUAACGGACAACAUAUCUGGAUUUAACCAGAUUUAAUGGACAACAUAUCUGGAUUUAACCAGAUUUAACGGAUAACAUAUCUGGAUAUAACCAGACUUAACGGACAACAUACCUUCACUCAUUUUCAAUGGAUAUUGUUCGAAUAUUAAGGGAUAAAAUCUCCUGAUAGCCACAAGUUCACUGAUGAGAAUAGAAAAAAAGACAUAUAUGCUAUCGCAAAAUUGUUUGUUAAUUUGUAAGAAGAAAAACAAGUGACAUUUUGAAAUUAAUGUUAAGGAGCACGGCUAAUUUAAAUGUAAAUCGUAAAUUAUACGAAGGUUGGAGCCGCCAUUGAUUACUGCUGAUUUUAUACUUUGUUGUAAAACUUUUUAUGCUGCAUUAAAUAAAGGUUGUCAAAUUAUCUUA